AAAAAGGGCCUUCUUCGCCACUAGCGGUGCAAUUGGGAAAUUUGGUGUAUACCGAUGACCGAAACCCCUUUCCCUUUUAUGCAAUGAUUUCUCCGAAACCCUAUAACCCAUUUACAACUUCUCUAAAAUCACCCAUUUUCUCAGCUCAUCAGUAGUAUUAACACGACAACUUCCUCCUUUAACUCUGCAGAUUCAGACGCGAUUGAAGAGGAAAAGAUGAGGAUGGGAAGAUCCUUGAAUGGUUGACCUUUUUCAUUUUUUGGUGCAAGUACAGAUGGUUCACGUCUGACGGAAGCUUGUUGAAGUGAGAAAAGACGAUCUUACAGAUUGACAGAAAAGCAGUUUGCUUGGUAUAAAUUAGUGCUUUCAGCUCACAAUUGUGACAUGGCUGCAAAACCAAUUGCUGAUACCAUAUGGAGGGGUAGUUUCAUGAUCUCCCGUCCGGAGAUGAGAUUGAAUCUUGUAGCCCAUCUAUCAAGUAAGGCAUGCGCAAAAGUAUGGCUGGCAGCUAAAGAGAUGGAAGAGGUGAUCUAUCCUGAAUUUCUUCCCAAGCGUGAUGUGUGGCCAAAGAGUUUUAAAAGUUCUAAACUGAUUGAUGAUAAUAUUGCCAUUUAUUUCUUUUCAGUUAAAGGCAGAGAUGAUCAAGUUUUUGAAAAUCUGCUGUAUAAUUUAAGACACUACGACAUUGCAUUAAAAGCCUUGGUUGGUGAUUCUGAACUCCUGAUUUUUACUUCUGCCCAUCUGCCAGAAAAGCAUCACAGAUUUGAGGGUAAAUUAUAUCUAUGGGGUGUCUUCAGUGGAAGAGAAUCUCCACCUCAACACUCACCCGAUGAUUGUUUCAUUCAUAAUUCCCGAGUGACACAAGCUUCAAUCCUGAAUUCAGCAAAUGAUGGGAACGAUAAAAGUUGCAAGGAAUUCUCCAAUAAGAAAGACCCUUCACCUGCCUCAAAAACAGCUAGAAAGGGAAGACCGCUUGAUGACGCUUGGCAACAUGCUACUCCAGUAGAUGGAAAGAAGCAGAGGACAGUUUGCAAUUAUUGUGGAUUUAUCUCUUCCUCUGGAGGCAUUACUUAUCUUAAGACACAUCUGGGUGGAGGUGAUCCGACGGGUUCGCUAAAGGGUUGUCCAAAUGUGCCACCAGAAGUCAAAAGGGUGAUGAAAGAAUGGUUACUAGGAACUAUAAGAGGGGGGAAGGCCCCACAGCUACAUGAUAUCAGGACUGACUUUGAAGAUUUAAUUCAGGAUCCUAUUGUUUGUGCCUUCUCCUCUUGCUCCUCUAAAUUAGCAGCACCUGCAUCCAAAAAAUCAGUUAGAAGGGGAAGGCCACUUGAUGCUGCCUGGGAUCAUGCUACACCAGUUGAUGCAAAAAGGCAGAGAGCCGUUUGCAAGUAUUGUGGUUUCAUAUCUUCUUCUGGAGGAAUUACACAUCUUAAGGCGCAUUUGUCUGGAGGUGAUCCAAAAGGGCCCUCAAAAGGUUGCCCCAAUGUGCCGCCUGAAGUUAAAAGGGCAAUGGCAGAAUCACUCAACAGAACAGUGAAAGGGGUGAAGUCCAUGCAGCCAGAGGAGAUCAGGACGUACAUGAAAGCGGAAAAUGAUUGGUCUCCUCCCAGAUCAGAUGACUAUUCGUUGAAUCAACAUAGAAUUGUCAAGAAUGCUCAGUACUCACAUUUAGCCAGUGGGGGAAAUUCUGUAAAUGAUAUGACCAUGUCAAAGCAAUCAGAGACAGCACAUGUGGAUAGUUAUAUGGAGGUUAUGAGUUCUCACAAUGCUUGUAAGUCGAGCUUUUUAAGCAAACCUACAACUCGAGUAGGUUUUAUUUAACAUGUGCAUCAGUAGGUUGAGGACUAAGAGCUAGAAAGGCAGACUGCUUAAAACUAAUGGUGAGAACAUGCUCCAUUAAUUUAUGACAUGACAAAACAUACACGAGGACAGAUGACGAAGUUGAUUGUACUGCUUUAUCAGCAAAAAAGUUGGUUCUUUUGAUGUACAAACAUCUUUUAACCCAAAGCUUGACAACGACAACAUGGUGACAUUGCUUGUGAUUAUUGUAUCUAUGUAUUUGUUGCGAUGUUCCCUUCAGUUUGGAGUGAUUUUGCAGAUCUAUUAAACAGGUUGAGAAUGUUCCCUUUAGUGUUGAGACAUUUGAAAGUCCUGAAGUCGAUACCUGCUGAGAAAGCCAGGUUGAAACUGAAUUGAAUCCGACAUUAUCUUA